AUGACUACCUACCUUUGCCGUACAAAGCCUCACUCUACUGGCCUGGCAGUCACUGCCACGGAGCUUGGUGUUGCAUCUCCAAUCGAGCCUCAAGCAACACGCAACCAAGGUCACCGUGACAGUGUACAACAGACACCUACCUGCAUCUGCGGGAAACAGCAUUGGUACACUGACUGUUUUAUCCUCAAUACACGCCACCCAGGACAUCCAGCAACAUAUCAGCCUGCUGCUGAAGCUGUACGCAAGGUUGAGGAAGCGCGGAAAGACCCAAAGAUCAAUGCGCGAAUCAAGACAGCUCUUGAGAGGUGGACAGCUCAUCAACCACAGAAUGCUGGGACGUUACGAGUCAACAAC